GAUCCUGGUCUGAAGGGGGACGGGGAGGAUAGAGGUACACAAACACUCCCUCACUGUGUUACCCUGCAGUCCUCAGGGAUUGCCUGGAUACCCCACCUUCACCACAGAGCACUCCCAGAUCAGCAUGAUGACCCUCACCCCAACCCACUUCCACUAAUUCACUCUUCAGAAACUAACGAUUAUACACCAGCCAGAGGAGCAGCCCAGGAGAACCCAACAACAACCUAAACACAUAGACGAGGAGUAGCUGAGGAGCAGUAGAAGACAAGCUGAGCAGAAACCCAGCAGAAGAGCAUGUCCACUGUAUCAGCUCAGCCUCUGCCAUUUGGCUUAGAGAGAGAGAAGCAUAUUGAGAUGCUGUUCAGAGCUUUCAGCAGGAGAUGGAGACCCUCCACAAGCCCACAGGAGCUCACAACCCCACCUACCUACAGAUACGGCCCCUUCCCGGACCCCCCUGCACCCACCUCCCUGAGCCCAGGGUCCAGUGAGGGUGGGCGGGUCCGGGUAUCGGGCGCAGAGCUGAACAGUGUGGAGAAAGCUGAGCAGUGGGUCACCGCAGGGUUACCGGCUGGUCUGGCUGUUCUGAGAUCCGUCAGUCAGCUGCACAUCACGGCCAUACCUGAGCUCCAAGGUCCCCGGUGUGUAGCCCGCAGGACAUACAACAUCACAACAGAAACCAGAGAACAGCUGUUUGUAGCAGUGGAAGAGACUUGCUGUGUGUGUGUUCAGUGCUGCGGUCCUGCUCGCUCCUGCUCACUGCAGGGUUUUGAUCAGGACCGCCAGCACAUCUUCCAGUUUGAAAGACCCCUGAGGGCUGAGUCGUGCUGCUUGGGAUGCUGCCUGAUGGAAAUGAGAGCGUACACAGCUCAGAGGGAGCUCAUUGGCACCGUUCAUCAGAGGUGGAGUAUGUUUACACCAUACUUUGAGGUGUGUGACGCUUCAGGCUCCUCCUCCAUACGGAUACAAGGCUCCUGCUGUCCAGUUCGUUGCUUUGCUGACCAGGAGUUUCAGGUGGUCUCUACGAUUGGGGAGCGCGUCGGAACAGUAUGGAAAAAGUGGCCAGGCUAUAAUGAGGAGUGUAACAUGGAUCAUGAACAUUUUGGCUUGGACAUUCCUCAGAACUUGUGUGUGAACACUAAAGUGCUGCUGCUCGCUGCCACAUUUCUUCUGAAUCAUAUGUUUUUUGAAAUGAGCUGAAAGAAAGGAAGAAAACAAGGCCUGUUAAAGAAGAUGAAGCCCUGUGUCUUUGGAUUAACCAUGAACAUCAUCCUAGAAAUAAUAUUGCCCCAAGAUGCCUUUUCAAUACUAUCAAGAACUUGUAACAGUUGUAUAAUACACAGAAUAAAAUCUGUUUACUCAAACACUCAAAAAACUUAACAAAAGGUGUCCCAAUUCUUGUUGAGAUAGAGGGGUAGUGUGUUCUGAUUCUUGUUGGGAUAGAGGGGUAGGGUGUGCUGAUUCUUGUUGGGAUAGAGGGGUAGGGUGUGCUGAUUCUUGUUGGGAUAGAGGGGUAGGGUGUUCUGAUUCUUGUUGGGA